AUGGCUGCCGGUGGUGGCUCCGUGGACUAUGAAGAAACACCGAGCAUAUUGGAGAAGAAGCAGAAGAGCAUUGACGAUAUCCUCCCUCAUGACCUGAUUCACACAAUCUUACUGAGAGAGCUGGCCAAGCAUCUCGCUCGCUUCAGGUGCGUUUCGAAGCUCUGGUACUCUCUAAUUUCCGAUCCACAAUUUGCGGAAUUGCAUUUUCACCACUCUCCUGCAGCCAACAACGCAAUCAUCUUUAUAAACCGCACUGUGGCUUACUUCGUUCACUUAGAAGCACUAUUUAGUGACGACAUUGAUGCAUCACCCGUAAAAGUGGUGCCUCCCCCUUUCAAGAAGAAAAAACCACCUACUGAUUUUGAGUUCCUGGGAUCCUGCAGAGGCUUUGUUCUCCUACAUCGAAACCCAUGUUUUCUUGUGGUAUGGAACCCACUGACUGGAUACAGCAAAAGAAUAUCCUACUCUCGUAUUGUUUCUCGUUGUAGAUACAGGGACAUUAGGCUUCCCUGCAAGUUAUAUCUGUAUGGAUUUGAUUAUGAUGCUUCACAGGAUGACUACUUAGUUGUUGUAGCUUGGCAGGAUAAGGAUUACCAUUAUCACUUGGAUUACUUGUCCUUGAGAACAAAUUCAUGGAUUAAUCUGGAUGCUGCAUUCUCCAAACCCUUGGGUAUUUUUGACAUCAAUUCUUGUGGGUUGUUCUUGAAUGGUGCUAUUCAUUGGCUGCCUCACUCUCCUAAAACUUACCGGGAUGCUAUUCUUAUCUUUGAUCUGAAGGAGAGGACUUUUUCAAGGAUAUCUGGGCCGGAACAACCUAGAAACAUGGUCAACCAAAGUGCUCAGUAUUGUUACACUGAUAAGAAAGAUCUUGUUAAUCUAAUGCUUUUGAGUGAAGAUACCCUUAGAAAUGUCUAUGAACUCCAAAAAGCUAAGUACAUGGAUAAGCCUCCUGAAGGAAAGCACUCUACUAAAGGCCUUGGCAAGAACGUGCCUAACUAA